GCGUCUGGGAGUUUCGACUUUAAUGCAUCCUGCUCAGCGAAUGCAGUUCUCAAUACGUCCAUAUCGAAGCUCAUCGAGUGAGAAAGUGCCUUCGGAUGCGAGUAUGGCUGACCAGAAAACUCACCUGCUCUUACCACCUUGCUUGGCCAUCCAGUCCUGAAGUGGAACUUGAACUCGAAGCUUCUGGCCCGAAGAACGAUUUUGUAACCGCGAGACUCCAGUGAUUAUUCACUGCAGGGGAAGUGUUGACAAAGCUUCACAUGUGCUAUACACAAUUCAAGAGGUUGACACACUGGAAUAAUUGCAUCUUGCUGAUAUAACACAACAUUGUAUUGGAGAAAAACAGACAUAAUUUUAUUCAAUACAACAGACUUUACUGACCAAAAAUUAUGGAAUUUUAUGACUAUAUUUAUGACUAUGAAAACAGUACUUUCGACUAUUCCGACAUGGAAUUCUUGUGUACGAUGAAUGAUACCAGGAAAUUUACAUGGGUAUUUAUUCCAGUUUUUUAUUCAAUCAUCACUGUGACAGGCAUUAUUGGCAAUGGUUUGGUUGUGUUAACCUAUUCCUUUUACAAGAAGGUGAAGUCUAUGACUGACAUGUACCUCAUGAAUUUGGCUAUAGCUGAUAUACUGUUUGUAGUUAUCCUACCAUUCUGGGCUGCAGUCGAAUCAAAAGGGUGGGUCUUUGGGAAUAUUGGAUGUAAGGUUCUCGAUGGGGUGUACAGGAUCAACUUCUACAGUGGAAUGUUGUUGCUGGCUGUUAUUAGUAUUGAUCGAUAUAUUGCUAUUGUUCAUGCAACUAAGUCCUUCAACAACAGGGGAAAGGCAUUGGUUUACAGUAAAAUUAUUUGUAUAGCUAUCUGGGUAGCUGGAAUUGUUGCAUCCCUGCCAACAUUCAUUUUUGGUCAAAUGUACAAAUUCAACACAACUGGAGAAAUGGUGUGUGAUAUUAGGUAUCCUAAAAACUAUUCAAGCAUAGGUAAAAUGGUUGCUCCGACAGUACAACUAACACUGGGUUUUUUUGUGCCCCUAUUAAUCAUGAUUUUCUGUUACUCUUUGAUAAUUAACACACUUCUCCAAGCUAGAAACUUCCAGAGGCAUAAGGCAUUUCGAGUUGUAAUGGCAGUAGUAGUAGCGUUUGUCAUUUGUCAAGUGCCAUACAAUGUCAUUGAACUUCAUGUGACUUUAUUUAAAACAACUGACUGUGAACUUCACAAACCCAUGACCAUUGUGCGUACAGUGACACGAUCCUUGGCCUUUUUUCAUUGUUGCCUGAAUCCCAUUCUCUAUGCAUUUAUUGGCGUUAAAUUCAGGUUUUAUUUUACAAAAAUUAUUCAAGAUAUCUGGUGUUUAAGCAAAAAGUACAUUACAUUUCGCCACAGCCCGUCAAGACGUACCAGUGAAACAUUUGUGUCAAGACGGACUUCUGACUUUGAUAUUGACAACCCAUCGUCUUUUACCAUGUGAUCAUUAGCUUUUUACAUAAACUGUCUUGGUGUGAAAUUUGAAUUAAAAAGCUUAUGUGCUGUUCUGUUCUAUUUCAUCUGUUCUCCUAUCUAUUGCUACACACAAUGUGGAUGAGGAAUAUUAGAAUAGACCUUGAGGCCUAGUGUGCCCUUCCUCUCCAUAGACCAUUUCUAUUUUCCCCAUCUGUCACUUUGCUGAAUCUUAUGAUAGGGAUAACCAAUGUUAGAAUUCCCAAUGAAAUAAAGCUCUAUGGAAUUUCUGUCCUUGACACAAAGAAGUCCAGGAUAUCAUUUCUAACUUACCAUGUAGACAAUUCAAUUCUGACCACCUGUAUUCCCAGGCAAGUGAAAAGUAUUCCAUCACUCUCCUGACUUGUGCCUUGUAGAUGACGGAAAGGCUUUUGAGAAUCAGGAGAUGAGUUAUUCAGCACUGAAUAUCCAGCCUCUGACCUCCUUUAUAGCCACUGUACUUUUGUGGGUGGUCCAGUUACGUUUGUUGUCAUUGGCAUCACCCAGGAUGCUCUUGGUGGGGGAGUCAAUGAUGGUAAAUGUCAUUGAAUGUCAAGGGGAGGCGGUUAGGCUGAUUAUUGCCUGGCGCUUGUGUAGCAGGUAUGUAACUUGUCGCGUUUCAGCACAAACUUGAAUUUUGUCUAGGUCUUGCUGCACAUAACAUAGGCUAUACAUAUGCACAACAUAUAUCUGAACUUCUUUGUAAAAUUGCAGUGCUUGGACAUGACUUAGUGUUCAAAUUUCUGGGGUUCUUUGUGAGCUAUUAUUUUGUACCAAUCCACAUGUUUUAUGACUUAGAAAUAGAAAUUAUGUAUUUCAAAGAUAAGCUGAAUAGCACAAGAGCAAUUUUUCAAUGGUGCCGUGCUUGUUAUUUUAAAUGCAUUUUAUGUUUGCCUUUUUUAAAUAAAAAUUGUAGCUUGCAUUUAUUUUAUAUUUUGUCACAGUUGUUAGAUCUGAAAAUGCAGGUUAAUUUUGUAAAUGGAAUUCUGAUGUAGUGUUUAAAAUUGCCAUUGUCAUCGAAAGGAUUUUUUUAGGACAAUGCUCUGUUUUAAUGUUGAUAAUUAAAAGAACUGUCACCUUGUAUACAGAAUUUGCAUACUGUUAUGCCCCAGGUUUGUCGCCUCUAGUCAAGUUUAUUGUAUUCAAAUCAAUCAAUCAGUUAAAUAAUAAAUAAAAGCUGUGAAUAAAUGUGUCAUUGCUAUUGUGAUGAGCUUAUGAUAAGAUUUAACAUUUGCAAUUUUGUUUUACCAUGAUAUCUAAUGAAUAAAGUUAUUUUAUGUACUGUUGUUAGAAAUAAAUGAAUGAAAGUA